AUGUCAAAAGAAAGUGAAUAUUAUAAGGAGAGUGCUGCAGAAGAGAAACCCAAAGUGAAGAUAGAGGAUCUACUGUCCAAGACAUCAGUCAAUAAAUAUGAUCCAUAUCAAUUAAAAGCCACUAUUGAUGAGGAAAUCGUCAAUAUAUUGGAGACAAAGCAAUUUAAGGAGUUGAAUUCACACACAGACUUUAAGAUCCUUCUAGGAUUGAUUUCAUGUGUGCUAGGUGUACUUUCUCAUUUCUACUUCCUUCCUUUCACUCAGAACAAGCAUAAUCUUCUUGGAUGUGUUGCAGGAUAUGUAAUCUGUACUGUCAUCUAUUAUUACAUUGAGAAGUAUUUGCAGAAGGACUCAUUCUUUAUUUCUAUGGAGCACAAAAUUAAUGCCCUGAAAACCUUCCCAAGAAUAGUCUUUACUUCUUAAUUCAACCCAGAUAUUGACUACAACUACACUCUAAAGCUUGAGUCAACAGACGAGAAGGCAAAGAACUAAUCUAUCUCUCAUGAACACAAACUAGCAAUUACUAAGUUUUACGAUUAAUAUGGCUAUCUUCACAAAUAUAUUGUAAGAGAUUUCCUAGAUGAGGCACUUAAUGCUCUAAUUAAGAAGAAAUGA